AACAAAUCAUAUCACAGAAGGCUUGAGCGCAUUGUUAAAGCAGAGGUAUUUAUGUAAAUUCAAUUAUCCACAAUAAGCCCUCCAUAAACCCUAGCCAGUGAUAACCGGACUGAAGCCCGAUUCCUUCACUCAGCCGGUCGAUCCAUUUUGUUGCGAGCACUGAUGGCGAAGCGGCUGAUUCGUUUCAAUCAUGUUAUAUUGGAGAAGAUAAUUCCUUCCUCGAAUACAAAUACCGGCAUCCUUCUUCCCGAGAAGAGCGGCAAGCUUAACUCUGGUAAAGUUGUGGCAAUUGGUCCUGGAAUACGAGAUAGAGAUGGGGAAAAAAUAUCUAUUUCUUUGAAGGAAGGAUUUGUUCUUCUUUUGCAUGACUAUGGUGGAACUGAAGUGAAACUUGAAGGCAAAGAGAGCAGCUGGGAAAGCUUUUACACGAGAAGCUCUAAAAGGAAUCUCUGCAGGUCAAUUCAGAGGAUGGGUUCAUUGAGAGGGGGAUUUUUCUGUUGUUUCAGGAGUUAUUUAAUGCUUUACAGGUCUCCAAUUGGCUUGCAAAGUGGGUCUAGAGUAUGCCUCUCCUCCUCAGCAUUUGAUGGGUUUGACAAGAAUGAAAUUGAGGAUGAUGAUUUUUUAUCUGAUCAGAAGGAGAUAGAACCUCAAGGUGUCGACCCCAGAAAAGGCUGGGGUUUCCGAGGCGUGCAUAAGGCUAUCAUUUGCGGCAAAAUUGGGCAGGCUCCUGUACAAAAAAUAUUGAGGAAUGGAAAAACGAUUACCAUAUUUACUGUUGGGACAGGGGGUAUGUUUGACCAAAGGAUUGUUGGAAAUGAAAAUUUGCCAAGACCAGCUCAAUGGCAUCGAAUCACGGUGCACAAUGAAAACCUGGGGGCGUAUUCUGUUCAACAGCUAGCAAAGAACUCUGCUGUUUUUGUUGAGGGCGACAUUGAAACUAGGGUUUAUAAUGAUAGCAUAACCGGUCAAGUUAAAAAUGUGCCAGAAAUUUGUGUUCGUCGUGAUGGCAAGGUUCACCUCAUCAAAUCCGGUGAUAGUGCUUCUGAAAUCAACUUGAACGACUUGAGAAAUGGAAUAUUUUGAUUGCUGUGCAAGAUGUUACCUGCCAUGAAUGAUUUGGGCGUAAUGCAAUCUACCUGUUAUCAUUUUUGCUCUAUGCUAUCUUUAACAUGAACUGAAUUAUACUGAAAUUGACUUUUGAAAAAACUAUGUUGUAUUUAAAUGAAUUGUGGAUUUAAAAAAAAAAAAAA